AUGUUAUUAAAAAAUAAAUUUACAAAAAUUAAAAAAUGUAUGUACUUACACCGGUCUUCUGGCGCAGACUGCCUACCAUAUGAAAAAGGGGAUAAAAAAAUAAUUAUUUAUUUAAUUGAAAAAAAAUCGCAGUAUUUCGAUAUAAGUUUCAGAAAUUUCUUUGGUUUUUUAUUCAUUAAACAUCUUCUUUUAAAGUAUAUUAAAUAA